AUGGACGCGCUGAACUCAUUGUCGUCCAGCAGCAACCCUACACCAAACGUACGCGAGUACGAGUAUAUCGAAGAUGUGGAGAAUCUCGAAAACUAUCGACCUGGGGGAUACCACCCUAUACAGAUUGGCGACAAGCUUCACAGCCGAUACCAGGUGGUUCACAAGCUUGGCUACGGCACAUACUCGACUACAUGGCUCGCGCGUGACCAACAGCUCCAAAAAUACGUGGCAGUCAAAGUCGGCACAUCAGAAUCAAGCGCACGAGAAGUUGAAGCGCUCUCCACCCUCGCGAGUCUUCAGCAUCUCAGCACUCAGCGCCUCCCCUUCAACAGCUUGGGCCAGGCCAUGAUUCCUCCGCUUCUUGAUAGAUUCAUGCUCCAAGGUCCAAACGGCAUCCACCCUUGCCACGUAACUGCGCCAGCCAGAACCACCCUCUCAGGGGCCAAAGAGGGAUCGUACACCCGGCUGUUUCAGCUUGAUGUCGCCAGGGCGAUGGCUGCGCAGCUCGUCAUCGCUAUCUUCACCCCGGCAACAUUCUUCUCGGACUGCCACCCAGCUUAG